GUCGCCUCCCGCUACCGGUUUCCUCCUAUUUAUACGCCGCUCCCACCUCCCCAACCAACUAGCAGUUGCUUCCCUCCCUUUCUCCGAACCCCCAAUCGCAAAGAAAUCGAGCAGCGGACAAACGAACAUGCGGGCCAUGGCAGAGGACAGGCCGGGUGGCCGCCGCCAGGAGCGAGCCACCGCGGACCUUCCGAUUCCAAGAGACGACGGUGGCUCUGUGGCGUCCGACGACGAGGACUCCGACGGCGAGUUCGAGUUCCCCUCCGUGAGCCGGCAGCCGGCGGCGGCGGGCGGGGGCGCCGCGGCGGCGGACGAGCUCUUUGCGGGCGGCCGCAUCCGCGCGUUCUACCCGGUGUUCGGCCGGGUGCUGGACGACGCCGCCGCGGCGCCGGCGCCGAGCUCGAGGGCGCCGCUGGGGCGGCUGUUCCAGCUGGAGCAGGCGCGAACCUCCUCCGUCGCGUCCACGUCCUCCUCGUCGUCUUCGUCGUCGGCGUCGAUGGCGGACGCUGAAGCGAGGCUCGACGGCGCGCCGCCCGACAGCUACUGCCUCUGGACGCCCGGGUCGUCGCCGGCGUCCUCGCCCUCGCGGCCGCCGCGGAAGAGCGGGUCCACGGGCUCCAUCGCGCGGUGGCGCCGCAUCGGGGAGCUCGUCGUCGGCCGCAGCCACAGUGACGGGAAGCAGAAAUUCCUCUUCCUCUCCGCGCCGCCGUCACCGGCCAGGGACAGGGACCACCACCAGUCCCCCGCCGGCUCCAAGUCGAAGCCGCCAGCGAAAGGAAGUAAAGCCGCGACCGCCGCCGCCGCCACCGAGCUCGACACGGUCGCCGCGGGGCGGCGGAUGUCGUACGGCGGCGGCAAGGCGUCGCCCGGGGGGCGGCGGACGUUCCUGCCGUACCGGCAGGACCUCGUGGGGCUGUUCGCCAACGCCCGUUCUGAGCCCCGACGCGCCGAACCGUCGCAGCCGUGGAGGACCCGUUCCAAACAGUGAGAUUCAAGUUUGAAUCUGGGAUUUGAAAUUUCAGACGAUUUGACCUGGUGAUCCCCUGCAAACCUUCUUUGUGAAGACCAGUUUUAGCAAUUUAGCAUACGUGUGGGGUUAAAGCGGCCAAGCAGGUCAAAAAGAACAAGUGUGAAAGUCAGACAAAGCAGGGGAAAUGUGAGCCUUCCUUUUCGGAUUCGUCGCGGCAAUGAGGUCCGAAGUCGGUGGCAGCCACUUGAAAUUUGUGAUGAAGGUGGUAGGCGAGUACAGUACUACGGAGAAGUUGAAAAAAAGUUCGUAACUUUGUAUAUGUGACUUUGUACAUACGGUGUAUACAGGGAGUCCUCCCCCUAAAGUUUAGCUCCUGUCAUAUCGAAUGUUUAGAUACUAAUUAGAAGUAUUAAAUAUAGACUAUUUAC